UUUGGCCGGACCCCGUGGCGCGGCCGUUUAAUUCUCCGGCGGCAGCAGAUUGUGGGGACGCGAUGGUCCUGCCUGGGCUUAUCAGGAAACUCGGUCAUCAGCUGGCCGAGAUCAGGGAACGCGCCCUCAAGAGUAUUUUGUGCAAGGUUGAGCACAACCUAAUCUGCUAUGCUGACCUCAUUCAGGAGAGGCUACUCUUUCUCCACUUGCUGGAAUGGUUCAAUUUCCCGUCUGUUCCAAUGAAAGAAGAGGUUCUGAACCUGUUAAACAGAUUGGUUAAGUAUCCCCCAGCAGUGCAGCAUUUGGUUGACCUUGGUGCAGUAGAGUUCUUAUCUAAGCUUCGAUCUAAUGUGGAGCCAAAUCUACAGGCUGAAGUUGAUGGCAUUCUGGAUGGACUUUUCAUUCUUCCUUCAGAAGUUCCUGCACUGCAGUCUGCUUCGCACCAAACCAAUCACACUGAAUUGUCAAAAAACCUUGAAAUCUCAACAGGAUAUUUUCCCCAAGACAAAAGUAAUUUCCAGCAGAUGGAAGUACCUCCACGACCAGUGGUAAAUCAGACGGUGAGGUGUUUGAAGUUUUCUACAUUUCCGUGGCUUCCUCUGACCACAACAGAUAGACAUGUUCUCUCUUCUAAUGAAAGCUCUUUAAGAAGUAGUAACCACACUUUAAUCUGGAACACCUGUGAACUAUUGAAAGAUGUUAUCAUGCAAGAUUUUCCUGCUGAGAUUUUUCUUCAAAGGCCCAAAAUUGUCCAGAACCUUUUAUCUCUGUUGAAACUAACCUUUGGAGAAGAUGGAAAACAUCGCCUGGCAUUACAGUCAGUGUCUUGCUUGCAGCAGCUGUGCACGUAUUUAAGAAACAGACUUAACUUUCACCGAGAUCCAGGUUUUUUCUCUAAUAAACAGGAUACAGUUUCUCAAAAUUCUUCUUUGUCUUAUUGUCAUGAAGCAAGAGGUCCUCAUCAUUCUCAGAAUCCUUCCCCAGGAAGCAGCAGCCCUCGGCCUUCUGUGGUUGGGCGUACAGGCCAGCGACCCAGAGGAGAUGGCCAGGAUUGGGAUGCAGUGUCCUCUAGUGGAAGUAGUAGUCAUGCUCAUGUAAACUCUAGGAUAUCUGUACAUUCACCUUUGGAUAUGGGACACAUAGAUCUGCCAGAGCUGGAAACUGAAGAUACAUUGGAACUCCAAUUCCAGCAGCUCAGUCUUCCCCAGUUCUGUGUCUCAGUUCUGGAAUCAGCAGUUCCUCUCUUAAGAACAGGUAGUAGACAAAUGAUAAUAAGAGUUCUGGAAUUGCUUGCAGAGGAUAUGAUACUUAUUGGUGAAGCAAUUUCAGCAGCUAUCUGGGAUGACAGCAGCCUUUUUGCUAUAGAUAUGAAAGAGAAACUGCUCCUGGUGUUGGGAUCCCUUGGAGAAACUAUUUGCUACCACAAAAAUAGUGUCAGUUUGGAGCAAACAGAGAUGAUGCUGGUGCACCACAGAAUGGCCUUUAUCAGCAUUUCACUGUUUGCAGUUCGACUGUUACAAACCCUUCUCCCUGUUGAAAAGGCAAGCGAGUUUUUACCAGAGCCUAUGUCAGCAGCAUUAUUUCUUCUUUCUUUGGACAUGCCUAUUUCUUUGGAAUAUCCAAAUAUUCAUGAAGCUGCUGUGGCUUAUUUGGAACAGCUGAAUUCCGAAAACUACAGUAUUUACAAACGAACUGCAGAGGCUGUUUAUUCGAUUGAAUGUACUUGUAACUUCUUGUCUGAUGUUGGGAAGGAGGGAGAGAAGAAUCUCUUAGAAUUAGUGGAGCUGGCAGACCAAGCCUUGCAAAGCUUUUCCUGUCAUCAGCAUUUCCCCCUAAUAAAGGAAAUCAUCUGCGUUUGUUCAAAGAUCUGGAAAUCUGCACAGGCCAGUCCAUUACUACAAGGAGAAAGUCAGAAGGUGUUUCUCCGUAUGUUGUCUCACCCACUGACACAAGUGAAAGUUGAAACUUACCAUUGCUGUCUGGAAAUUAUUAAGGAAUGUUUAGGUAUCCAUAAUGUCUCUAAACCUGUGUCUUCACUUUGCAAUGGAAUUCAUUUUUUGCUUCAUCCAAAAGUUCUGUAUGAAAUCUCUACAUUUGGGAUUCAAGAACCCAAAAGUGAGGUGAGUGCUGCUGCCAAGGCCAUUUUGUUGUAUCUGCUUCAAGGACGACUGAUGAUGACAGAAUGGACCUGGAACAAGUUUAUCGAGUCUUUGUGUCCUGUCCUUCCAGUACUACAGGGCUAUGCCGACCCAGAAGAUCCUUUGGGUAACAGCAUUCUUCUUCUAAGCAAAGCAAGUUCUGAGGCAGGAGAAGAGAUUCUCCCCUGUACUACCCAGUUAAAGUCCAUGCUGAGACUUUUGCUAGUGAAAAAAUCAUCGGUUCGUUCACUAGCAUUAAAACUUUUAGCAUUUCAUCUUACGAGUGAAGAAGGGGCUGAUACAAAACGCCCUUUAAUAGAUGCAAGAGUUCUCUCCAGAGUUACUAAUUUAUUUAUUGUGAAAAAGCCUAUUGAACUCAAACUGGAUGACAGAAAAGAAGUGGUCAUUAAGUUGGAGACUGUUGAAAAGUUAUAUGAAAUCUUCACCUCAGAUGAUGUUGAUCUUGUUUUGAGAAAGUCAGCUGGAGAACAGUUAGCUGUGAUUAUGCAAGAUAUUAAAAUGCAUACUGUGGUGAAAAAGUUGUGCUUAAUUGACAAGAUAAUUGAGUAUUUAAAUGGAUGUGUGGGUCAAGAUGGCAAGGUUAUAGAAUGUUUGACACAGCCAUGUCUCACGCUCUUGAGGAAGGUUUUAUUUGCCGAUCCAGUCAUGCGUGUUUCCCUCUCACAACAGUCUUCUCUCUUGACCCUGUUAUUCCGAGUUUCCUUAAUAUUUCAUGAAGAUUGUAAUGUUGUGACUGAAGUUGGAGCACUAUUUUGUCUUCUGUUAUUUGAUGAAGUAUCAAGAAUGGAUAUGUGGUCUAUUAGUCCUCCCAGUAAACCUUCGCCGUCAGUCUUCAGUUUGCCCGUUUCAGUUGUUAGAAGGUAA